CCCGCCCUCGCAGCCGGGCAGCCACCGCGGGCGAAGGCGUCUGUUAGCAGCGGCGAGCUGUUGGCGAAGGAGCGUGUGGUGCCGCUGCUGCAGCUGCGAGAGAGACGCCGGCCAUGGGGAGAGUGCAAGGAGGGAUGCGCUGCGUCAAGUUCCUGCUCUUCAUCUUCAACUUCAUCUUCUGGUUGGCAGGCUCAGCUGUCGUCGCAUUUGGGCUAUGGCUGCGGUUUGGAAACGUAUUAAGAGAUUUAGCGACUGACAAGACCUCUCCGGAAUACAUUUACAUGGGACUCUAUGUGCUAAUAGGAGCAGGCGUGCUGAUGAUGACCGUGGGGUUUUUUGGGUGCUGUGGAGCUGCGCGAGAAUCUCAGUGCCUGCUUGGAGCAUUCUUUACCUGUUUGCUGGUGAUUUUUGCUGCUGAAGUCACGGCAGGAGUUUUUGCUUUUCUUGGCAAGAAAGCGGCUGUUGAAGAGGUCCAGCACAUCUAUGAGGAAGCUUACGAAGACUUUGUGAAUAAUGUGGGGACAAGCAACAAAACCCUUAUCCAGUACCAUGAAGCACUUCAGUGCUGUGGGAGAGGAGGAAACGAUGCUGCAGUGAAGCCCACCUGUCCAAAAGACAUUGAACAGCCCAGAAGUUGUCUGACUGAAAUCGAGACUCUCAUUGACACAAAUCUUCGUUUAGUUGGCAUUGUUGGGAUUGGAAUUGCUGGGAUCACAAUCUUUGGCAUGGUCUUCAGCAUGGUCCUCUGCUGCGCAAUCCGGAACACAAGAGACAUGCUCUAGAACUCUUGCUUCGUAGCAUUAUCUUCAUCCUAGGGACCAGAGACCGGAGGACUUCUGGAUGAAUCUGCAAGUGCACUUGUCCGCUCAGCUUAACAACUGUAACCAUUUUAAUUAGUGGCGUUAACCAACUGACAGAGAGAGAGAAUGAGAGGUAGAUGUUUGGUGAGCGUGAGAGUUUUACAAUGUUUGCAUUUAAAUUAAGACGAGGAAAUCUGAAGCAAACAAAUAGGAUGGGCAUAACAAUGUCUUCUUCAAUGCAGUGGCAGCAUUAGAAACGAAAAUUUAUUUGAAACAUGACUUUGCACAUGUGUGCAGGUGAUCAGUGCCUAUAUCUCCAUGUUCAAGUACAUGUGUGUUUGUUUGUAGGCACACAGAUGCAUGUGGUGCAGCUGCACAGAUAUCUGUAUAUAUGGUACUCCAUAUGAUUGUAUGUAUGUUUCGUGGGUGUCUGUAUUUUUGCAUGCACAUUCCUGCAGUAUAUAUACACUUGGGUGCAUACCCAGGCUAAAGCCCUUUCCAAGUGGCCUCCUCAUUGCUGAUAAGCCAUCUCGUUUUUAUCCAACAGUGUCCAAAGGUGACUACAUUUAACCAAUUGGAUUGGAAGUAAAUGAUACACGAUUGGCUCUGUUCCUGGACAUCUCACCUUGGAGAGUUUCGGUAGCUUUCUUUGUCACAUGCAGAAUUGUCUUUAAUCCCUGAAGGCUCCAUGGGGAACACUCUGACCUGCACAAAAGAAAGUAGAGGCUUUUCUUAAAAGAUGGCAGCAUCCAGUCAAAUCAAUUAAUAAGUGUAAAAUGGAAUUAACUGGGAACGAGGGAACUUUUUGCGAGACCUGUGCAGCAAUGUUUUUGAAAAGGACCUCUCUCUUUUUUCCUUUUCCAAAACUCAGGUUGUCCUUGAUGGGGAGCUUAACCUUGUUCUAUAUACACUGGGCUUCCUGAUUGUUGCUGUUUUCUCUAAUAAACACCACUUUGUGCCUUUUGAUUUAAUUAUUUUUAGUAUCCGCAAAAGGAAAGGUCCUUUCUGCACAAUUGAAAAGCUGUGCUCCCAAUUACAUUGGGUACCUAGCAUCAUAAUCACACAAGUUUCUUUAAUGUUUAUAUCACACCUUCCAACUUUUGGCUAUAAAAACUGUGCCUUUCACAACUGUGCACUAAUAUUUCCAUAUUCUGUCACACCCAUGCCACACAGUCCUAAACACAUUUAUUCAGACAUUACAGUUGUGUCUCUCUGUUCCAUAUGACUGCAGCCUUCAUGAAUAAGGAUCAUAGAUUUGCUGCAGGGUAUAAUCAUGGUGCUGUUCACAACUUUUCGUUUGCUGCAUGAGCAUUUCUGCACUGGCUUAGCACAGAAAUAGUUUUAAAAAACAGCAGUAGACAAGCACUGAAAGAGCACUGCAGUAUUGUAGUUGCACAGCUGAUGAGGACACUGAACCAUUUUUUAAAUUACAUUUAAAGAAAAUGUUCCCAAUAUUUUGCAGACAUGGAGUGGAGCAGGUGGGCACGGGGUCACUUGGCAUUAAUGAGAUUUCAGACAACAAUCAGUUGGUUCCAUGAAGCAGUUAUGCUGAGAAGCUACAAGGAAGUUGUUUGAACUCUGUGCAACAAACUGAUAAUAACUGUGGCAAAAGGAUUCUCGCUUGCACAAUGGAACUUCCCCCUUCCCGCCCCAUGUGUGUCCCAUGUCCUCCCCAAAUCUGCUCCAGUUGGGCAGUUGGGGAACCCCCAGAACAGGCUUAAGGGUAGGAGGGAAAAGGAAGGGGGGGUCCCAUUGCUCAUGUGAGAAUCCUUGUGUUGACAGGAUAUUACUUAGCAUUCCAGUGAAUCCAAGCCUGGACAUUUAUUUUGCUAAAAAAUUGAUUGUUUGGAAAGGACUAGAGACAAAAAUGAGAAACUCUGGGUGGUUAAAGUACAGCAUACUGUGAGCAUCCUUCCAUGUCAUCUGUAGCACAGUAAGAUGUGGCUGGCAAACUAGCCUUUAGAGGUUAGUUUUUAAAGUAAAUGUCAAAUGGUCUAUCUUUGCCUUAUCCCUGUUUUAGGAAUGAAGGUAGUUGACACAGACUUAUUGCUUGAACAGAGGCUGCUCAGUCUCCUGGGGCUAUAUGUGCAUAGGAUCCACUUUAUAAAGGUGAUGCCAGUGAAAAAGCUGGCUUCUCUGGCUAACAUACACUGACCUUUCUGGAAAUCCUGUCCCUGGGGUUCUGGCAAACCGAGUGGGGGGGGGUCAAGAUUUUGGAAUGAGAGAAGUAGCAAUACAACACUCUUUAUUUCCACCAAUUCUUUCUGAGAAUCUGAGGCUGGCUUCCAGCAGGGCAUUUCAGUUAGGUCCUCGUCCUACGUGUGCCCAAGUCAUGCUAUUAUUGUCCAAGAUGCAUUGUGGGUGAAAAAGAACACUGUAUGAUUGAAAUACCUCAGGAGUUAGUUUACUGUUUGCCUCUGUGUUUUACAUUGUUUCUAUUUAUUUCUACUAAAAAUGUUGCAUGGAGAAAAAUAAUCUGAUGGAAUUAAACCAGCCAGUCGGUGGAAAAUAUUUUAUGGUGCAGUCUUGAUUCAUCACAAUCACUGGGGCCUUGAGCUGCAUCCUUGGAAUAUUUAUAUAUAUGGAGCCCAUUUCUGGCAAGCUGCCAUUUUGGGAGUCAGAACUCUGUUAUUUUGUCCUUUUUAAUAUUCAGUUCUUUUGUUUUGUUUCAUGUGAGAGUAGGCCUUCAAAAAGAACAGGUUAGUGAAAGAGCACAUGUUUUCUAAAAUGCUAUGUACCCCAUGAGCCUUUGUUCCAUCAAAAUUUCUUCAAAGGUUUGAGAAUUUAGGGAAAGUGUAGUGUGCACCCAAGUGUGUAUGUGUGCAUAUGUGUCAGAGAGAGAGAGAGAAACACCAAGUUGUGUGUAACCUUUUCUUCCCAUUUCCCCAAACAUAUGUUCAUGUGCACCCCAUUUCCCCUAGAUUUCAGUUAAACCACUUUAUCAGCCUCUACUGCUUGGCCCAGUUCAGAUAUCUGGACACACGGUAAUGCCUUUCACAUGUUGGUGGGCUAGGCACAGUCUCAGGAAUCCAUGCAUCAUGUGCACAAUUCGCCCGACUCACACAAGAGGCCAUUUGCUGCAGGCCGCACAUGUUCCUAGCGCCCAAGCCCAGCUCCCAGCUUAUGAAAGACACUUCCAAGACCCUGAGAGGCUCAACAAGGUCCCUGUUUUGGCAUUGAAGCAGAAUUGUCUGCAUCGCACAUCAUUUUUAUCUGAGAUUUUCAGGUGGGGGUGGUCAGAAAUAGCUGGAUAUACCGUCGUCUGUGUGUUGAGAGGGUGUGCAUCGUUGCUCCAAAAUUGUCAUCUAGAUGAAAAUAUUUUAAAAUGAAGACUUCAGGAAUUUCUGCCAAUUUUCCAUGUGAAACAUAAGAUUUUGGCAGGGAGAGUAAAGCCCACUGUAGCUGCGAGUGGUAUAUGUGUCCUUUUAUUUAUUUCUAAGCAUCUCUACUUUGCUCUUCUCUUUGAAUAAUUAGUAUUUCCCUUAGGAGUCAGGUCUUCUCUAUUAAAAUGCCCACAAAUUCUCAAAUGAAGCCAAAUGCGGAACAGUCACUAGAGAACAAGAACUUCUGGGCCUUUCCAUACACUACCCUAUCCUUCCAUCUGUGAGCUCUGCUUUUGUCCCUGCCUCCUCCAUUUUCCUUUCUUUUGUCCCUGACAACUCAGGGACAACUUGUGCAUUUGGAUCCCAUUUCAGGAACUAGGAGUGUUGUCCCAGACCCUGUAAUACAACUUUCUACAGUGUUUUCACACUUGUGCUGAUCCUUGUCAGCUACCAUCCACUCUUUGAAAUGCCUUGCCCCCCCAGUUUUAUGCUUCAGGGUCAACCCAGGAAGCCCCAUUUAGCUGAGCCCUAUUUUCAUUUGCAUACCUGCCUUAUACUUAUGAGACAAGUGAGCCAUUAACCUAAAUGCAGCUUGAAGGAAGAGUUCUACUCUGCUUCAUUCUGACUGUCACAUUCCUUACUGGCAGAGAGAACUAUACCUACUCCCUCUGCUAAAUGGAAACUAUGAAUACCAGAGCAAAGUCGUGGGAUGGCACCAGUUCAGAAAAGACUCCAAGCUGGCAACUUCUCCACUUUUGUCAUUUCUGUGGAAUGGCUCUGUCCUGUGCAGACCUCACCCUUGUCUGCUGAAUAGUGCUGAUAACUGAGCCGUGGGUUGCAAGCCAAGGGUGGGGAUGUGGUAUCCACACAGACAGAUUGGGCAGUGCUGUGAAAGUAGAGCAGCAGGGAUAUACACAUGCACACACACACCAUUAUUUUGAAUUAAUGGGCACUGCUUGUUCGGCCUCAGAGCAGCAAUGACAUUCUGGCUUUUGUCUCUUUCAUCACCGACUUCAUCAGAGUUGCCAAGCUUGGAGAAAUCAGUCUUGCUUCCCAAAUACCAUCUGUUGUUGCUUGGUUGCUUUUUUUUUUUUUUACCUCCAAGUGCCUUCUUGGAAACAGGGCUGGGAGCCAGUUCUGCAAGUAGACCUGUCUUUUUCUUUCUUUUUAAUCAAAGUCAGGCUUGAACUCUACUGCUUUCUGGUGAAUUUUCACUUCCCUGCAUGUCUUUCUAUGCAUGAAAUUGUUAUACCAAUCCUCAGCUGCUUUCCAGAAAUAAUAAAAUGAUUAGUUUGGAAUUUUAGAUCAGAAGAAAUGUAGUGGCACCUGGUGCCUAUUUUUCUGGAUUAUUUUUGUGUGUGUGUGUGUGUCCCAGAAAGCAGCAUAUAUUAAGUCUAUUGGUGCCUUUAAAAAGUUCACAGCUGUAGCCUUCCCACCUCACCAUGUCAGAAAUUAUUUACAAUUGCAUACUGAAGGAUAUAUCGGCAAAUACUGGUGAAUUAUUAUUUAGUUCUAUCACUUUCUUAACCUUUGUACUUUUCUAAGGUGUUUACUAAUGGUAUGCAAUCAGGGAGCAUGCUGUCAGUCUGUUUUUGGAAACACGGGUUCCAAACGAUUGCCCAGGCUGCAGGCAUUGUUUCAACCAAGUUGGCAGCUUGGCACACUCAGAUGACCAUACCAGGCCUUGAUGAGAGUAGCACAAAGAAUCAUGAGAGCUUCUCCCUCACAUUUAGUAGACCUACAAUAAUGUUUACAGUGAACGAGAGCUGUGCCUAUUGGUGGUCAUUGCUGUGGCAGGCAGGUGCCACCUUGGGUUCCUGUGGGGAAUUUCCCCCUUUCAGUGUGCUGCUACUUCUGUGCCUGAAGCAUGAUAAUAUUCUCUUUCUAUUUCCAAGCUCUGAUAAGGAGUGCAGUGUCUUUCCUAGGAGGGAUUAAUGUGAGAAAUGUAGGGAUCCAGCAGGAACACCAGACAGCAGAUAGAGGACACUUUGGAGCUAGUGUGGUCAGAUUCUCCCAAAUGUCUUCAGGAUAUCACUGCUGCUGAGCAAGCGACACUCCCCAAGCUACCAAACACAGCACAUGUGGUCUACCUCAGCACUAGGACUCUGCAGACUCACCAAGCGACGCCGUGCUGCUUUAAGCAAGGGAGGGUGAAAGAACAAUUUGAGAGCCCUUUAAAAUACAUUGAAUAAGCCCCUACUUGGAGGGGAAGCUUUUCUAACCUUUGUCCCUUGUGGAGCCAUGGGUACAUUAUGCAUCUAAUAGAUGCUCUGUCCUCCUGCCUAAUGUAAAUAUGGGCAUUCUCACUAGCCAUGGGAAUGACUGUUUACACUGAGUUCGGACCUUUGGUAAGUGGUGUGUCGAAGUGUCUAUUGAAGAGUAGCACCUGGCCACUCCUGGGAACUUGCAGGGAUCAAAGCAAGGCCUGAAGACACAGAGCUGCAAAAUAGCCGUGCCUCCUGUGCUGAUACCCCCACUGGAAACUCGUGCCCAGUUUCUAGUGAAAUGGAUGUGCAAAACUGUUUUUAUUUCCACCUUUUAAAGCCUAUGUGUUAAAGUUUGUAUAAGAGACUUCAUUAACUCUUCAAAUGUUAGUAGAAAUAUAAAUAAACAUAGUCCUCCUUCGCAGCGUGGUUGAUAUCUGACAGCAUCAGUGCAUCAAGUUCCUAUCAUGGGAAAGCAAAUAUGUUCACCAUCUAGCCAUUCCCUCUGGCUGUGAAUGUUAUUAGCCCUUGUUCUGUUAAUGAAACGUGUUCUAGUUUGGCCUGCUUUCUGAAUGCAUUUUUUAUCAGCCUUUCUCUACUGAAGUUGAUGCAGAAAUCUAAUAAAAAUAAUAAUCUGAAA